AUGAAUUUUGGCAAAAAAAAGGGGGGGGGGCAGAAAUGCUUCACCAUUGCUUACCGUUAACAAGGUGGCUGGCUCCUGGUGACUCUCCUCUGCCUCGGCCUGCCAGACCUGGCAGCGACCUCGCCGCUGCCCUCCUCGUGGCCCACUCUGAGUGACCGCCUCAGUGUUUCUAAAUCCCUGGUCACCGCCGCGAGGGAAGCGCUGCGCCAGCUGAAGGAGCGUGGCAUGCUAGGAUUUGAAUGUACCCUUGAAGAGGUUGAUCUUGAAGAUAUCACUAAGAAUAAAAUCAACACAAUUAAGGCUUGUAUGCCAGAAGAGUCUAAGACUGAAAAUUGUCCUGCACUGGAAAGAUCUGAUUUUGAUAAGAUUGAGUGCAUGCAAGGUAUCAAUGAAGACCUGAAGGCUUACAAGGCAGAGUUCAAGAAUUUCAGUAACCAGGAGAUGCUGGCCAACGUUAUUGACAAAAUGAUACAGGCUGUGAAAAUUAACAAUGUAAGUGUGGAGCAACCAUCUACAAACAGAGGAUCAGCCUCUUUCAAAGAGAGAAUGAGGUUAUGUAGUGUUCUCCAUGCUUUCACAAUUCGCACUGUGACCAUAGCCAAGAUGCUGAACUACCUGAAUUCUCCUGGAAGCUCAUCAUAGUCACUGAAAUCUGGAAUCACUUUCUAUAAAACAUUGAAUUAAAGCUAUUUUAAGUAUCAGGAAAAUAUAUAUUAGGUUCUACUUACUGCAAGACCUCUGUGUGUAGAAUUCUCACUGGAGUCAUAGAAACUUGUACACACAGAGGGCUUCCAGGAUUUGGACCUGAAUUUAAGAAUACAGUAAUACUUCUACAAAAACGUUUCUAAGCACAAUAAUAUUCUACAAUAUUUUUCAUUACCCAAGUUGUCUUGAGCAAAUUACUAUCAGUGUCUCUUAAGCUAAGAUGUUACAUUUCUACAUUUCUAGAAAAAAUAAGCUAUAUCAACAUGUUCUCAACCUACCAAACACUCAGGUGUAAUUUAUUUAUCUUAAAUUAUUUAUUUAUACAUUUGUAAGUUUUUAUAAAAUUAUUAUAUAAAUUGAAACCUAUUUAUAACAUUCCUGACUUAUUUAUUACUUAUUGUUUAAUAAAUUUAUAAUCUCUAUAAUUAACUUUGGUCUUUUUCUUAUUUGUGAAU